UUUCCCCUUCCCCUGACUACAUACAACACACCACCCAUUCCCUUUCUAUAUCCCCCUUCUUCUUUUCUUCUCCCUCUGGUGUACGAGCAAUCAUGUUACCCAACUAGAAGAUUCUAGUGUCUCUCCACUGCAAAUGUCCCCCGCACAAAUAUUACCUUUGAUUAAAAAACCAAAAACACCCCGCGAUGCUCCCAUCUCGCGUAAAACUUCUACACCACCACCAUGAUCAUGGUCAUGAACCCCCCUCCCACCCCUCAACUACUACCCAGAUCCCGUCCCCCUCAUCCCCUUCCUCCACCUCCACCUCCACCGAUGACGUCGAAGACCUUCUAACAAGCUUCCUCCCACACCUCUACCCGGACGAGGCGCCAUCAUGUCUAGGGGAACCCGGCCAGACCGUUCUAUACACUUCAGGCGCAUGGGGUGAUCUGACGGUUAUGGUUCCCGAUUACCCCAAGAUAGAAGGGGGUGGGGAGGAGGAAAAGCUUGACAAGGGAGCAGAAGGUGUUGAGGAGGGAAGGCGACUCUUCGCGCAUUAUUUGUGGGGUGGCAGCUUAGUUGUUGCUGAAGGGAUUGAGCGCGCAGUGGAGGAAAUGGCUGGAGGAAAUGGGGUGGGAGAAGAGGAGGGGAAGGAGAAAGAUUUGAUUUGGGAUGUACGGGGUGAGAAGGUUUUGGAGCUUGGUGCAGGCGCGGCCCUCCCGUCACUCGUAAGCGCGCUCGCCGGUGCUGCCCAGGUUACGAUAACAGACCAUCCGUCCUCUCCUGCCCUGUACGGCGCCAUCCAGGCAAACGUCACUAAUAAUAUUCCCGAACAUCUCCAGUCUAGAAUAUCCAUACAGCCGCACGAAUGGGGUGUGUUGGGUCUCGAUGAAGCAUCUUCCCAGGAAAACAAGGCACAAGCUCCCCAGAAACAGACCGCUUUGAAAUUCACCGUGGAGAAUCAAGCCUCAUUUACCAGGAUCAUUGCGGCGGAUUGUCUGUGGAUGAGAGAUCAACAUGAGAAUCUUGUACGGAGUUUAUUGUGGUUUCUCGCACCACCAGCAUCAUCACCAUCAUCAUCACCGUCGUCGUCGCCAGAUGUAAAUGGGGCCGUAGCUUGGGUAGUUGCGGGAUUCCAUACUGGAAGAGAGAUUGUGGCAUCAUUCUUUGAGACGGCAGUGGCUAUGGGUUUAGUUGUGGAGAAGAUAUGGGAACGAGACGUCAAUGCGACGAGUGAGGAAGGGGAGGUUACGAGGGAGUGGAUGUCUGUACGUCCGGAAGAGGGCCCGGAAAACAGGGCGAGAUGGUGCGUUGUUGCGUUCUUGAGAAAGGGGUGAAAUAGUAACCGUCAUUUGGGAUGUAGAUUUUACAUGUCUUUUUAUAUGUGAUGGUUGUGAUGAAUUUUAUACUAGGGCUCCAGAAUAGCAGAGAGUUACAAUUGAACCCCAGGCAAACUGGUCGUUUUCAUGACGCUGAUAUCGAAAAUGAUUUUUUUUUUUUUAUUCUAUACUCUAUUUUCAUAACUCAUCACCCCAUCAUAGCUUUUAAC